AGAGUUGGCGACAAAUAAGUACCUUCUGUUCUCGAACUGUUUGGAAGCUGAAUAUCCAUCGAUCAUCAUAAUCGAUUCUCAUGGCGUCCUGGCUUGACCUCCCACAGGAUCUCCUAGACCUCGUUAUCGCCGCACUCCCUGACCCAGCUGACCGUGCCCGCUGCCGUGCCGUCUGCCGUACAUGGCACUCUGCCGUCCGCCGCCGUGGCCCCCAAGCACAACAACUACCAUGGAUCGUUCUCCGGGAUGGUGAAGUCAUCGCUCCGCCUAAUAACGGUUCGGAAUACCUCGCUUCAAUCCCUGACAAUGCAUAUUGCCAGGGCUCAAACAACGACUGGCUGCUCCUUGGAACCCGCCAGCAAAUCCGGGAGGAGGGACAAUCUUACUGCUACGACAACUAUGUUUUACACAAUGUUUUCUCUGUUGAGAACGUCCCGCUACCCGAGUUGGGCACAACCCUCCACCGUGCGUACUAUGUCCGCAAGUUCCUGAUGCGCUCUACCGUCCAUGAUUUUAUUGUCGUCAUCACCACGAACAUGAAUACUCCUUUCAUGGUAAUUCUACCAGGAAAGGGUGUGUGGCUGCCAGAACCAGGAUCAUCACCGUAUAUAUACAUCGUUGAUAUCGCUUUCCUUGGAGAUAAACUCUAUGGCAUCACCAAGGCAGAGAAUCUCAUCCCCUUUGAUCUAGGAUUGGAUGAGGAUGGAAGUCCCAUGGUUACCAUUGGAAGGCGUGUCAUACGGCAACCACUUGAUUAUGAAGGUUAUGAGUGGUGGCCCGCGUCAGAUGAUGAUAAUAGCGACCUUGAAAGUGAGGAGGAGGAGGAGGAGGAGGAGGAGGAGGGAGAGGAGGAUGACGAGGAGGAGGAAGAGGUAGCUGUUGGUGUUGCUGAUGAUGACGAGGAGGUUGCAGAUGUGGCAAUUGUGUCUGAUGAUGAGCAGCCAGCAGAGGCGCUGAAUGUUCUAUUGGAUGAUUAUGACGAGAACGGGCAAGCAGUGGCAAAUGAUGAUGAUGAUGGCUGGGACAACAUCAACUUUUGCAGUUGCCCACAUGAUGACAUAUCCGAUGACGAAAUCAUUAUCUGGCACCUAGUCGAGUCACGAGGGAAGCUGCUCAUGGUGAAGAUAUGGAUGCAUGAACCUCGAGACUUUUCCACGCCGUCCAUUCGCAAGGUUGAAGUUUUCCAAGCCGAUAUUGACACGGGCAAAUGGGUACCAAUGGCUAAUGGUCUAGGUCAUGGUCAAGCGCUCUUCAUCGGUCGAGACUUCUCCAAGUCUAUUUCCGCACCUUGUGGAGAUGUGGCUGAGGGUGACAUCUACUUUAUCGAGUCGGGCGAGGUGUUGAACAUAAAGACUCAGUUUUCAAAGCUAAAAAGAUUUUGUAAGCCUUUCUGUCGGGCAACAUUCAGAUUAUGGCUCAUUCCUCGAGAGUUAGUGCUUUGAUAAUAGAGGAACAUAUUUAUUUAGGUCAUGGAUGAUUAGAUGUGGUAAACUACAUGUCUUUAUAUAUUUUUCAUGGUACAA